AUGGAAUGCGGAGACUGGCCAGUCGUUGGGGAGCCACUACGAGGCCACACAGGCUUAGUCACCACUGUCGCAUUCUCACCAGACGGCUUGCAAAUUGUCUCUAGUUCGUACGAUAAUACGAUUCGACUCUGGGACGCGGAAACAGGCCAGUCUUUGGGAGAGCCACUACGAGGCCACACAAACUCGGUCAAUGCCGUCGCAUUCUCUCCAGAUGGCCUACAAAUCAUGUCAGGCUCAACCGACUGCACAGUUAGGCUGUGGGACGCAGCAUUUGUUGAGGUAUUCAGUCGGGAUGGUUCCUGA